GUAGGACCAGCACGUUUUUGCUGGGCACGGGCUUUUGAAAAAGAGAACAUCAGUUUAGCUGUUGUACAAAGCUUCCGAGCGGCAGGGACAGGGCAACACAAUGCCUUCAGAUGAUGAGGACUCUGAGCUGCAAGCGUUGAGGCAGGCGGCAAAAGAAAGGCAGAGGCCGGGGACAGAUGGGGGCUGGAGCUCAAUUGAGGCAUUGAGGGAGAAGCAGCGAAGGGCGCAAGCGCAGGCUCAGCAGCAGGCAAGCUUCUUUCAAGGGCCGAGAAGCGCGGCGGAAGACGGAGGGGCCAAGUCUGGGGAUGAUGAAGAAGAGGAUAAUGAGGAUGACGAGGCUGGCCCGGUUCCGGAUGGCGUCAUGGUCGAGGACGAGGCGGAAAUGCAUGAGGGCCUGCGCGCCGCGUUCCCCACCGGCUUCGGCCGCCAGGAGGCGAAGCGCGAGGCGCUCGAGAACGUGCACAGCAAAACGAAACGGCCUGGGGCGGGGGCAGCUCCGAAAAAGGGGAAGAUUGCAUUCAACAUUGGGGGUGCCAGCAUUGCUCAGGAUUCUGUCAUUCCGGGGGGCAAGGAAGCACUGGCGCGCCCAGUCAGUGCCAGGGAAGGGGAGAAUGGAGAAGCGGCUGCAAAGCGGGCGAGAGUAGACGGCGGAAUGAAUGCGGUCAGAGGCCCUGCUGGGGCCAGUCAGCCUGAGUUCGACAGGGCUGGCCCCAGUGGAAACGGAGCUACGACAGGGCCUUUUGGUUCUGACGCUAGGAUUCUGCAAGAUCGUUUAAGAGACGGUUCAGAAGAGGAAGAGGAAGAGAGGGUUGCCGGGCCGCCCCAUCCUUCGGGGGGAUCAGACGAAGACGGGGGGGUGGCUGUGGGGCCACCGCGACCCCCCCCAGAGGAGCUCGUGGGGCCCCCACAGCCCCCUGGAAAAAGUUCGGCCGGUUUGGACGGGGAGUCGGACGGUUCGGACGCAGAGUCAGCCGAUUCGGACAAGGACGAAACGGAUUCGGACCCGUACAGGAUACCGCUGGAGCACGAGAUCCGGCUCAAGGGGCACACGCGAGUCGUGUCGGCGCUGGCGGUGGACCCAACCGGGUCAAGGGUGCUAACCGGGGGUUACGACUACGUGGUUAAGAUGUUUGACUUCAACGGGAUGGACGCACGGCUGAAGAGCUUCCGGCACUUGGAGCCGAGCGAGGGGCAUGCGGUGCGAGCGCUGAGCUGGAGUCCGACGGCGGACCGCUUCUUGGUGGUUACGGGGUCGGCGCAAGCCAAGAUCUACGACCGUGACGGCGCGUGCCAGGGCGAGUUUGUGCGCGGCGACAUGUACAUCCGCGACGCCAAGAACACCAAGGGCCACAUCACGGGCUGCACCUACGGCGAGUGGCACCCCGCCGAGAGGCAGACCGCGCUGACGUCAUCCGAGGACGGGACGGUGCGCAUCUGGGACGUCACCAACUUCAAGCAGCAGAAGCAGGUCGUCAAGCCCAAGCUAGCCCGCCCCGGGCGCAUCUCUGUGACCACGUGCACGUGGGGGCCAGGUGGCAAAACCAUGGCCGCAGGACUGGCGGACGGCUCCAUUCAGAUAUGGAACGUCCGCGGCGCUUGGGGCAGCCGCCCGGAUCUGUACGUCGAGAAGGGACACACGAACGGGGAGGAGAUCAGCGGGCUGUGCUUUGCCGCGGACGGGAACAUGGUGCUGUCGAGGGCGACGGACGGAACGCUCAAGGUCUGGGACGCCCGCAAGUUCAAGGCCCCCGUCGCCGUCUUCGGCGACCUGCCCAACUCAUACGGGCAUACGAACGUCGCCUUCAGUCCGGACGAGCAGCUCAUUGUCACGGGGACUUCUUACGAGAAAGGGGAGGACGCGCCGGGGGGCCAGAUCGUGUUCUUCGACCGGGAGAGGCUCGAGCUGGUGCGGAAAGUGGGGAUCGCGCCUACGCAGAGCGUUGUGCGCGUGCAUUGGCACCCUAGACUGAAUCAGAUCUUCGCGAGCGUUGGCGACAAAAAGGAGGGCGCCACGCACGUGCUGUACGACCCCGCGCUCUCGGAGCGGGGGGCGCUCGUGUGCGUCCCCCGCGCCCCCCGGAAAAAGUCGGUCGACGACUACCUGGAAUCCAAGCCGCUCAUCCACAACCCGCACGCGCUUCCGCUGUUCCGGGAGGAGCUGUCACGGAAGAAGACCCGGGAGAAGGCGCGGAAAGAUCCGGUCACGUCGAAGCGGCCGGACCUGCCCGUGUCGGGCCCGGGGAUGAAGGGGCGGAUCGGGCAGGCGCCGGGAAGCCUGCUGACGCAAUACCUGCUCAAGGAGCGUGGGCUCAUGAAGGACAAGGCCGCCGAGGAAGAUCCUCGGGAGGCCAUCUUGAAGCACGCGGAAGCGGCCGCGGCAGCGCCCCGCUUCAUCGCACCCGCAUAUGCAUCGACACAGCCACAGGCCGUGUAUUACGAGUCAGAAGAGGAAGAGAAAGACGAGUAAAUACGCCAAGUCGUUUUUGCUGCAUUUUUAUGGGCUUCUACCCUCAGGAGGGCAAAUGAGCUUGCCCAACAUGGGUCGUCGCUUGAUACGAAGAGGCGUAGGCAGAGGCUUGUCCUAUUCUUCAAGAAUGAGCAAUGUGGCGCUGUUUGUGCUGGUCUACGAGACGACAACUCCGUUGCGAGCGACUCGACUUUGGCGCACUCUUUCUGUGUUAUUCGACCAGUAGAUCUGCUUGGUCGAGCGUCAUGUUGGACAAUGUUCGAUGGUUUGCGAUGGUCGGCUUGUUCGUCGCAGGUGGUCAUUCAACAUCUCCGAGUCGGACAGCCGUCCACUUCCAGCCAUUUUUGUGUUGAUUCCAGUCUCUCUUCAACGUGAACUUAGAAAGUCCGGGGCUACCCGCGUCGGAGCCAAGCAAAGAAGAGCGUGUAUGAGGUUCUCGUCAACAUGCCGUAGGGCCUUCACUUAUAACUCAACAUAAGCUUCCAUGGC